UGAGUAAAAAUAUGCUCACGAAAAAAACAAAACAGGAAAGUGAAAAAGAAGCUUUUCUGAAAAGGAAAAAGACGCAGGAACAGAGGGAGGAGGGAGGUUUCAGUGUAGAUACUAUACCGUCAUAUACUAUGACUCAUUUUAGUUAAAACUCUCAAGUUCACGGACCACUGCGCUCCGAGGCGCGCUCCAGCCGUGCGCGCUCCCGCGGGCGGGCUGCAGAGGACUUUCGGUUUCCAAACGUCACCGGGAGGCGGCAGAGGCUUCGACUACUUCCUGGAGCGGAGCGGGCGGCUCUGGUCCUGGUUCCGGCCUUCCCUGGAGGGCCUCCAUGGAUCCGUUGGAUUUCCUGGACUCGCAGGAGCUGCUGCAGUUCUUCCACUGCAAUAAAACGGAGCUGUCCUGCAUGGAGAACCCGAACACGUUCCUGAACCAGCUCCGAGACCACAACCUGGUCCCCGAGGACCGGUACCAGAAGGUGAUUCGAAAGAAGAGCAGAGAGAACCAGAGGAGAGCCAUCUAUGACAUCCUGGACUGGAUGGAGACGGAGCACUGCCAACACAUCCACAGCUUCUGGAGAUGCGUCUUCAAGGACGUGACUCUGAACCAGUACCCGACCCUGAAACACCUGAGGAACAGUCUGAUGGACGGGUCGUACCGCUCUCAGCUCCCUGAGAAUGAGGAGAAUGAGGAGGAGAAGGAGGAGAAGGAGGAGGAGCAGAAGGAGACAAAGUCAGUGAAGAAGAGGAGGAAGUCGAGGAGGAGGCACCUGUGCACUGAUGAAGAGGAGCAACCUGGUCCUUCAUCACAGCUGAGUCCAGGUCAGAGGAGACGACCCAAGAAGCUCCACUUCUCGUCUCCGGUGAAGAAGGGACAGAGGGAGGACAUCUGGACGUGGCCUCUCUAUCGGUCCCAGUUUCCAGUGGAGUGUGGGAACCUGAGGGGGGCGCUGCACAGACGGAGACUGGCUGAAGGACAGAGGUGCAUCCUGGUCCAGAACCAGUGGCUGAGCCCCUCGGAGUUUGAGAAGGCUGCAGGAAAGCAGAGCUAUAAGAACUGGAAGCUGAGCAUCCGCUGCAGAGGAACCCCUCUGAUGAAGCUGCUGCAGGACGGACACCUGCAGUCAGUGGGCUACAAACGAGGAGGCCCCAAGGCCCGGACGUCCCUGUUUGCUUCGGCCCAUUUGACCUCAGACGAAGACGAGGAGGAGGAGGAGCAGAGGCCACAGAGCAGGCAGCAGGUCUGGAAAGUUUCCUGUGGAUCUGCAGCUGGAACUUUGCACCAGAGACGAUUUGCAUCAGGUUCUCGAGGGAAGAGUAUCCGGACGGAGACGGCCUGGUUGAGUCCGGAGGAGUUCACCGAGGAGGCCCUGGACCGGAGAGACAACUGGAAGGAGGACAUCGAGUGUGAAGGAAAACCACUCAGGGUCCUCAUAGAGCAGGACAUCCUGCAGGUCCACUCUGAGCUGUGUCACUGUUCUCUGUGCAAACUGGACGACUCUGACCUGGAGGCUCAGAGGAACGAUGACCAGUGCUGCAUCUGUAGGAGUGGAGGAGAGGACCAGGACCAGGACCAGGACCAGGAGGACCAGGUGCUGGUGGUGUGUGAUGACUGCCCUCGGUCCUUCCACCAGAGAUGCCACCUUCCUCACGUAGAAGACGACUUGUUGAGGGAGGACUCUCCAUGGCUGUGUACCUUCUGUGUCUUCAGGACCAACCAGGACUUGUUCUUGGAGCUGGACGGAGCCGUGACAUCCCAUCAGAUAUCAAAACACAUGCUGUGCCAGUACCUCCUGCUGUCUCUGUGCUGUGCUGAUGAGGAUCAGAGCUUCGCUACCGACCCAAGGCUCUGUUGGGAGGACUAUUCCAGGUCCAUCCAGACCCCCAUGUGGUGGAGUAACAUAGCAGACAAGCUGCAGAGGAAUCGGUACCUGACGGUGGGACAGUUUGUCUCUGACGUCCAACUCAUUUUCACCAACAGCGCCUCCUACAACCAGAAUAAUGCUGUAAAUCUGGCCAAAGGGGAACGACUGAAGAAGAUAUUUGACGAAGAGUUUGUGAAAGUCUUCAAAGUCUGCGACGUCUGACUCAUGACAAGAUAAACCAGAAUAAAUCAGAGCUAAGAGGAAGCUGCUGUCUCUACCUGUGUGUCUCUACCUGAGUGUCUCUACCUGUAGAGGACUAAACUUGUGUUACCAUGUCCCUGCUUAGUCUGAUCAUGUUCAUACAUGUUUUAUUAAAGUCGUCCCUAAAGCUCUGACUCUGGUCUUUAAUGGGGA